AUUGGCCCUCGCGUCACGGCGGCCCCGCUCCCUUCCCGAGCAUGCGCAGAAAGGAAGCAACGGCUGUGAGGGACGGAGCGGUGCCCGACGCCUCCUUGGCGGGGUUCCCCUCUGAGAAGAUCUGUCAUGUGGAGAUUUCUUCUGGCCAGGCUGCUCCCCUUCCUCCUGCAGCCAAUAUAUACACUUUCCGACUCCGAUUGUAAGUGGAUGGCUGUAGUCAACAGAUUUGAUAACCUUGGAGGUGACCGGAAUGUCUUCUUUCAGCAGCAUGAAAUUCUCUCAGUAGCGGAAAUCUUCAAAGAGCUGGUGGAUUCAGCCAUAGACCCUGAUGACAAAAACGCAAAAUACCUGGGCUUUCCAUACUACUUGAAAAUUAACCUGACCUGCAAAACACUGGACUCUGCAAUGGCAAUUCGGACAGCUCACUACACUGGACUGAAACCAGUUGUGACUGUCACUUUUGAAGAACCCACCCAUGCUGUGCGUCAGAAACAAGAACAAUUGCAGAUCGAAAUGACGGCAGCUCCAUACAGAAUAAAAGGUUGCAGAAGUGAAGAGGUUUGCAGGAUGUGCUGGUACACGCCGAUGCCCUUCAUGAAUGGCAGUGUAGUCAUGGAUGUGAUGGUGGGAAGCAAUCACCUUGGCUUCCCUGUGGACGAUAAGAGGUUCUCUAUCAAUGUAAAUGGAUAUAUGAGAUCAAGUACAAAAACUGAUAGGUUCAGGUUUGGGACAAAGGCGACUGCUUUGAAUGACUUCAUGUCUCUGUCACAUCCGUCGCGUCCCUUGUGGCACACUCACGAACGAGCCCCUGUGCUCAUCCUUGGUGACUUCCCCAUGAGCAAAGCUGUCCUCCUCUCAGAUACGGGGUUUGAAGAUUACUUUCCAGUAGAGGUGCGCAUCGACAGCUGUUGGAUUGAUUCCCUCUCCUGCCAGUGGAAGGGUUUCUUCACUUCCAUUUCUGACAGCAUUGCAACAGAAAGCACCCUCUUCAUCCGGCAGAACCAGCUGGUCUAUUACUUUGUGGGGCAUUACCCCAUUUUGCACAUGAGAGGCCCAGGUUCAGAGAUGUGGACACGAGUAUUGAACAACAUCUGUGUGAAAAAACUAAACCCUGUGUUUUUUGUGAAGAAUAAUACGGAAUACGUGAUUGCUCUUGGUGGCGGCGGGCAAGAAGGGCAAUUCUUUCUUAUUUCUGUGCAAGAUGGAAUUGUGAAUGCCACUGGCGCUAUAAGGGCUCAGAGGAAGACAGCGUGCCAAUUUAUGAAAAUAGAUAGCUGCUACCUCGUAUGGGUUGUCUUCUCUACAAAUGACAACAAGUUCUUUUUGCUGCUGAAUGAUUACGGAGCACCACUGUUCUACGUUGUGGAAUACCAGAGAGGUGGUUAUUAUAAGAGGAUUUUUAAUAUCCCUCAACUUGUACCAAAAGCUGUCUCAGACAGAGGAUAUGUGGUGAUGCUGGGAACUGAGCAGUAUAGUACUCGAGUCUUCUCCGCCAGAGGUUUGGCUUUCAACCCUUUCAGUAAGAUAUUCUAUGUCUGGGGGAAUGCUAUCUUGCAAAGUAAUGACAUGGUGAGCUUCAUAUAUUUGUCUAACUUUCCGGGUGACUCUGACAUCAAAUAUUUUGUUAUGUCCUUUAAUGGCCACAUUGCUUUUGUGACAGAAGCAGAUGAGGUCUGGGUUAUGAAAGAAGGUAGCACAGAGAUCAAAAGAGCGUAUCCAUCAGAAGCCUGGUCCCUGUACAAUACCCUGCAAGUGAUGGAAGGCUCACCAGAUCAUGACUUGAAUGCCACUCAAGCUAUAGUCACGGUUUUCUUUGACAAGGAUGGGAUGCAAGAGUUGGUUUAUAGGGAGGAUCCUGGAACCACUGGAAAGUUAAUCAAAAGGAAAUUCCCUCUAGAUCAUAUCCUGACCUAUGACCAGAUGAUCAGCACUCCUCACAAAGGGAUGACGCACAAUGGCAUAGACUACAUCAGGUUCACCCACCGUUGCCCAUUUGCCGUGGUUCGCUUCGUGGACUUGCCAUUCCCACAGCGCUAUACUCGGAUGGAGCAUUACCGUGUCAAGCCUCCGGAAAUCAUGGAAAAGACAGGCUUCUAUGACCAGAAGUCGCUGAUUGUGUACCAGGGACUCGUCUACCAACUGCUACAGCUGCAUUCAGCUUACCAUAGAGCUUAUGCUGACCCAGUCCAUGACCCCACUUGGCGCUGGUGGAAGAACAAGAAACAAGAUGCAGAAUACUACUACUACAUGGCCAGCAACUGGAAAUCUUCUGGAGGCAUCUACGUUGACAUGGCCAACUAUGUGAAGGUCUAUAACAUCAGGCCCAAUAAUUUAUUGCCGGAAAUCAUCUACUUGGACAAGAAGCAGACCUUCUUAUUCUCUGUGUACUUGAGCCUCCGGACGACCAAACAGAGCAUGGGGGAAACGGCGGAAGAGAAUUCUCUCAACUACAUGUGGCUCACCAUACUUUUAGCCCAUCCGGAAUAUAUUCGUGCGGAUCUAGAGAGGCACGAACUCAUCAGCAGAGGCUCCGUCCUCUAUAAGGUGGCAAUCACAGACAGUGGCAAGUACCCUUGGCAAAAGCUCAGUGGGAAGGACCUGUUGAAGAGCUCUGCUAAUUUAAAGGUUGCACACUCAGGAAUGAACUGCUACCAUUACAUGGAUGAGGGACCACAGAUAAAGGGCAGUGAUACAAUCAUCAUCAAUAUUGGAUGUCCUCCAGGCAGAAGGCUGGCUUUUGACAUCACUUACACCAAGAAUUACACUAGCGAGAAGAACAAGCGCUACUUUGACUGUGUGAAGCCGGACCCUGAGAUGCCCUGCUUCUACUACAAUGAUGUGUUUUACCCUUUCUUCUUGAUCCAAGACAUGGUGACAGGGCACUCGGGGCGUUUCAAUGGAAGCUAUAUCUUCAGCAUUAUUGGUGGGGGAGCUUUUUCAGUAGAUAACAUCGAAUACUUCACCGAGGAGCAGCUUCUGCUUUACAACACCAUGGUCGGCAGUGAAACAAACAGUCUCAUCUGGCUUAGGUCUGAUGGUGAAGAUAACAAGACUGAUGCUGACGGUUUCAAUGUCUUCUCUCAAAACAACUCCGGGAUACUGUGGGUCUGCCAGCAGAAUUCUCCCUGUCACGACAUUGUUCCCACUGGUGCCUCUGCUCCGGAUUACUUUUUUGUGAUGAAGGUAUCAAACAGGGGAGUGGACCAAACCACCUAUUGUGACUAUGCCUUGGAGUUCAUCGUCCACAUCCACGGCCUGCGCCUUAGCUAUACUAGGGCUCUCUAUCUAUUGGAGGUAUCGAUGGCUGUCAUCAUAGGUGUGCUCAUCCUAUACAUAGCGAUCCUUACCAUGGCUCCCACAUGCAAGAACUACUUCAGCAGACUCAUGAAGAGGAUGGAAGAAGCAUUGGCCUUUCGGACAGCAUCCAGCCUCACCUUCACCUCCUCAUUCACUAGCCAAUCGUCGCUGCACCGUAUUGCCUCCGAAGGGGUCCGAGGCAGCUUCGCCAAACCGUCCAAAUCAAAUGUACCGGAAGCCUCAGGGACACAAUAAGGCCAGCCAGCUAAUUUCCUGCGCUCCUCUGCCUAUGAUGUGAAGGGCUCUUCUUUUUCUUUCUGGAAGCAGAGGAUUUCUGGGAUGAGCAAGUGACUGUCAGCAUUGUGGCAAUUUGGUGACUAUUGGAGUCUUUGGGGAAAUGUGGGAGACUUGGGAGAUGGCCACAGCCUCCUUGAAAGUAAUCCCCAAAAGUUCAGUUAUGGAUCUUUGUGCUACAUAAAACCGUCUUGGAGCAGGUCACAGGAGGCAUUCAAAGGAGUCAUAGGAAGUGUUCCAGAUGCCAUUGGUUCCCUUUAAAAUUAUUACGACUGUUUAGGACAGGCAUAGACAAACUGCGUCCCUCCAGGUGUUGUGGACUUCAACUGCCACAAUUCAGAGUCGAAGCCCAAAACAUCUGGAGGGCUAAAGUUUCCCUAUGCCUGAUCUAAGAGGUAACCUAUAAAAUCCACUCUUUUAAAACCACAGCCAGAAAGGAAAAUUGUAUCUUUCCCUUUCUGUUCUAUUUACUGGUCUACUCAUUGAUAGUAUAACCGUACAUACAUUUCAUUUUCUUGCCUUGGUAUUUUCUUACACACUAUGGCCUGGCAUAGAAUUAUUCCCGACAGGAUUGAAUAGGUAAGAUUAUAAAUAAAUAAAAAACAAGUUCUGUAACAUCCACCUGAUGAAGUCUCUGGUCCUGCAUAUCCUAUUCUUGAGCUAGUUUGAGAUUUCAAAAGUGCUUUGUUGUACACUGUUUAUGGCCACCACCCCCACAAAAAAACCCUACACCUUCUUCCCAGCUCCAAAGGUUUCUUGCUAAGAAUGCAGAUUUCUUUUGAAUUGUAUUCUUUUUAACUCUAUGUUCCUCUAACUUUUGUUUCUAAGUUUUAUAUAUUUAUUUAUCUUGCUUGGAAUUUGAGAAAACUGUCUAAUUCAAUAAAGACUUAAAUUAC